CUCUUCUUCCUCCUCCUCCUCCUCGGCGCCGGCUCCCCCCUCCACAGCUGCCCCCGUCCCCGUGCCGUGCCGUCCACCACCGCGCACCCCUUCCCCCGGACACGCUGCCACGCUCCCGGUCCCGGCUUCGCCCUCGCCCUCGCCCUGAUUCCCCGCCGGCCGGCCCCGGCGACCGGGCAAGGACGGCCGGCAGCGCCACCGGCGCAGGGGUCAUUGCCGUCGCCCGAUUCCAGAUUCGCGUGAUCUGCGCGAAUCCGGCCUCCCCCCCGCCCGUCGCCGACGAGGGCUCUCGCCCACGAUCCACCCACCACCCACGGUAUCCUCGAGUAAUCAAUAAGAUGGAUAAGAAGAAAGAUGUCGAUGACAUAGAACCUGGACCGGCUCCUUCUCGGCCUGUCGACAGAUUUGGCUUUAUAAAGACGGAACAAAGCAACUCUCCGGAGGGGAUUCUGAAAAGCAGACCCACACAUGAACGCGGAAGGGAGGAAAGGAGGAUAAGAAAGUGGAGGAAGAUGAUAGGUACUGGUGGUAGUGACUGGAGGCAUUAUGUUAGAAGGAAUCCUCAUGUGGUUAAGAGAAGAAUAAGGAAAGGAAUUCCUGAUUGUCUCAGAGGACUUGUUUGGCAGUUGAUUUCAGGCAGCAGGGACCUCUUGCUAAUGAAUCCUGGGGUUUAUGAGACUUUGGUCAUAUACGAGACAUCAACAUCAGAAUUGGAAAUUAUUCGUGAUAUAUCGCGUACAUUUCCUUCGCAUAUUUUCUUCCAACAGAGACAUGGCCCAGGUCAAAGAUCUCUGUAUAAUGUUUUAAAAGCAUACUCUGUUUAUGAUAGGGAUGUUGGAUAUGUGCAGGGAAUGGGAUUUAUAGCUGGGUUGCUGCUUCUUUAUAUGAGCGAGGAGGAUGCAUUUUGGUUAAUAGUAGCUUUGCUAAAAGGAGCUGUCCAUGCUCCAAUGGAAGGCUUGUAUCAGGCCGGUUUGCCGCUUGUGCAACAAUAUCUGUUUCAAUUCGAGAAAUUAGUUCAAGAGCACAUGCCAAAGUUGGGACAGCAUUUUAUUGAAGAAAUGAUAAAUCCAAGCAUGUAUGCAAGCCAAUGGUUUAUCACAGUUUUCUCGUAUUCCUUCCCAUUCCAUAUGACUCUUAGAGUUUGGGAUGUCUUCCUGUAUGAGGGUAUCAAGGUUGUUUUCCAAGUUGGAUUGGGUCUAUUGAGAUUCUGCCAUGAUGACCUGGUCAAAUUGCCUUUUGAGGAACUUCUGCAUUCCUUGAGAUAUUUUCCAGAUGAGGCAACUGAUCCUGAUACAUUAUUUCCACUUGCCUUCUCAUUUAAGGUGAACAGUAGUCUCGAGGAGCUCGAGAAAGAGUACCGGAAAAGAUUGGAUGGACCCAAUGCAAGCUCAAGUAGCAAUAAGCGGCUUCUGCCCCUGAAAUCGAAAACGAUGAGCAGGGCUGUUAGCCAGGUCUUGUCCAUCUCAAAUGUUGGUAAAAAGUAACAUGGUUCUUGUUUUGCAAAAACAAAUCAACCGCCUUGUUGUUUACGCGUUGUAUAGAGCGAUCAUCACGUACUCGCCGCUUUGUUUUACCUUUUCUAAGUUGAGCUGUGGUUUCAUAACCGCAAAGGCUCAUGAUGUUGUAUUUUGCCCUUGUUGCCGGACAACUGUGAAUAUUUGUUACAAGAUGGGACAAUAUUUCAACAAUGAAAUGGUGAGAAUGUUGUGACCCCCAUAAUGUUGCCUUGAUUA